AUGGAGAUGCUGAACACGUUGCGGGAUACGCUGAGCAGUGUGCAAGCAGAAUUGAGCACGGGAGUCGAGAAGCUCCGAAUGAAUGUGACGGCGAACAUGGCCGCGCAACAAAAGUGAGAAUUCGGUGACAAAUAAGCUUGUGGAAGUACGAUUCAAAGUACAUCCCGUUCCUCUUUCGAUUCGUCUGACACAUACGCACAAACAUUCACUUGAAUUUGCAUAAAACCGGCGAGUCGGUGCGUUGACGCACCCAAAUACUCCUUUCGAGUCAGCACUAUUCCCAUUUUACCUCAAUUUCAAAAUGUAUUUCUGGAGAUCGGAGCAAGUUUUCGAUUUGUUUUCAGUUUUCUUAAUUUUUCUCGUUUCAGAGUUUCAACCGAAUCUAUAAACGAGGUGUUGAACACUGGCGCCGGAAAUGAACUCCUUCAGAAGUGAGCUCAUCAAUUUUUUUCCCAAAAACUGACUAUUUUUUCAGUUUCCAAAAGCUCAUCGCCGAAGUCGAGGAGACCGGCGCGGAAGGCGGCCGUCUGGCGAAUCUAUGCAGCACCCGAAUGGGUCGAUGUCAGCAAAUGUGCAAAGAAAAGGCGGACGCCGUCAUGGAAAUCGACGAAUUCAUGCGAAACUCGGCAGAGUUCGACAAGAAGAUCCGCGAGGUCAACAGCCAAAUCAUAAAACUUUCGCGAUUCUGUGAUCAAACCGAGCAGGCGAUGACCUAUUUGGAGGCGUUGUGCCAAGUGGCUCACACAGAAGGAGAAGUCGAUUUGAUCAGGCAGCAGGCGAGAUCGGCGGCCACAAUUGUGCAAAUUGAAUGCGACUCGCCCAGUGUGCUCACUUGUUAGUUUCUUUGCGGAAUAUCCGACUUCUAAAUAUUUUUUUCCUUUCCAGCCGCUCUCCGCUCCCGUCCAGAAGACGCGGAAAAAGCGCAACAAGAGGAAGUGAUGCUCGAGGAGUUUUUGUCUUCGAAGAACCUCCAGAUCCCGUGA